CAUCUGCUCGAUAACACGCGUACCCCGCCUCAGAUUGUGAGGGUUGUGUCGGAGGGCGAAGUGGAAGUGGCUGAUGUUCGCGCUCAAAGAAGCUCCCGUGGCUCCGUCCACCGUUUAUCUUUCAUCCAACCCGCCACGCCCACCUACAAAUACUACCAACUUCUCCACCACAUCACUCACAGGACACGCUUCCCGGCCUCACACGAAUCCCCGUCGCACCUGAACGAACAUACUUGGCCACAACAUCUGCGCGCCCCAUCACCAUGUCCAAAGCAGCGCCGCGCGGCGGACCGGCCGUCAAAGGGCUCGGCGAGGACGGCGACAUCUGCCCCGUGUGCAAGUCGUCGCGCUACCUCAACCCGAACAUGCGCUUCCUCGUGAACCCGGAAUGCUACCACCAGAUGUGCGAGUCGUGCGUGGACCGCAAAUACUCGCAUGGGCCGGCGCCCUGUCCCAUAGCCGGGUGCGGCAGGACGCUGCGCAGGAACCGGUUCCGGACCAAGACAUUCGAGGACAUCCAGGUGGAGCGCGAGGUCGACAUCCGGCGCCGGGUGCACGCCAUCUUCAACCGGCGCGAAGACGAGUUCGAGACGCUCGACGCGUACAACGACUACCUCAACGACGUCGAGGACAUCACCUACGACCUCAUCAACAACAUCAACGUCGACAAGGCCGAGGCCCGCCUCAAGGCCUACGCCCAGGCCAACCAGGCCGCCAUCAAGGAAAACGAAAACAUCGCCACCGAGGAGGCCUCCGCGUGGCAGGAGGCGCAAGCAGCGCAGCAGGAGCGCGCGCGCAUGAGCCGCGAAGCCGCCGUCGCCGAGGCGGAGCAAGUCCGUCGCGAAAAGCAGGAGGGCAGACACAACAUCCUGAACCAGCUGGCGAGCGGGCAAGGCGACCCGGAAGCGAUAGCGCGGGCGCGACAAGCGCCCAAAGUCACGCUCAAGCGCUCGUCCGCGGCCGCAGGCAACAAGGUCGGUUCUCGGGCGGCAGCCGCGGCGGCCGCGCCUACAGACACAGACGCCGCCCCAGACUCCGGCUUCCACAUCAAGGGCCUCAAGAAGCGCGUCCUGCCCGCCCCCGAAAAGCCCUACGACCCCUUCGGCGGCGACUCCGACGCACGCACGCACUACGUCCUCCAGGAGCACUACGACUGGAACUGGCUCAACGACGUGCGCACCGACGCGCGCUUCGGCGCCGGCGGCUACGACCUCAAGGAGUACUACACGCGCGCGCUGUGCGACGCGUUUGCGGGCUUUGGCGUGUUUGUCGCCGACGAGGUCCGCGGCAAGGACAUGCCGCUGUCGAGCGCGACGAUGGCUGCUACGGGCGUGCCGGCCCCGGCUGCGACUGCUGCGGCUGCUGCUGCGACGGCCGAUGUCAAUAUGGACGAUGUUUUUUAGAGAGGAUAUAUACCCUGCUGUUGUUGGUGGAUUUAGUCGGCCUUGAAUCAAUCUCUUUACUCGUGUAUACGCACGCUGUGAUGCGUGAUGAAGUGAUUGAUUACGCGCGAUAGCUGCUGCCAAUUCAGCGAGCGCUGUCGUGAGCUGCCUGCCUACGGUGAUUGUCUACAGUAGGGCACGUAGACAUAUAUAAAAACAAAAGCAGGCCGAGACAGACAAGGACACGAACGAACGAACGGUAUCAAAUAGGUAGGUAGGCAACAGCAUCGACACCGCAGCCACAUUCGCAUACAACGCACGCUCACACCCGCAAACAACCAUAUACAUACACGUCACACAACCACAAGAAGAAGAAAAAA